UUGAUUAGUUUCACAAAAUGCCGCGAGUGGCGCUUAAGCGUUUGGUGCAAGCGUUUCUUUGGCAAGCGUUCGUAUUGUUGCUUGGGCCACCCUUAUUUAUUUACAUUCCAUUCCUGACAGUUCUCGAAGCUCCAAUUUUUUUAACCGGUUUGCAUGUUUAUUAUCUAAUCGUCAGUAUCAUGUUGUGAAAUAAGACUACCAGAAGCUGUUGUACACAAUCUUUACCACAGCGUAAUUGUUUAAGUUUAAAAGUCGUAUUAUUUACGCUAGAUAAAAAGUGUUUCUUUCAAAGCUAGCUUCUUCGCUUCUACAAUGUCCCGCGCACAAGACGCCGUUGGUAUUCUGCGGGGCCUUAAAAUUGUGGCCGAUGCUGUAGGCAAAUCGCAAUCCGAAUACGCAAAGCACCUUUGGGCUAAUUCGAGCGUACGUGAAGCACUCGAACAACAGCUAACUACCGGCGAACAAUCAGUAAAGCAAGUUCUCAAUAACCCGACGAAAGAGUUGGAAAAGGCCGGUGGAAUGCUACGUGAAACUAUCGAACGGACAGCAGUCGUUGCGGAAGGUUUGCGGCAACUAACCGUAGCUGCGAUGCCAAAAGUUGGCCCUCUGUCUCCCGAUGCCUUUUUGAGUCAGCGCAUUCACGCAUCUGGAACAGUGUCGGCAACAGCUACGGAACAACCGGGCGAUAUAGCCAGUUUGGACAUUUCCAAGAUAACGCUUAAAGAACUGGAAUCAAUUUUAUCGGAACAUAGCAAAAAUCGUGAAAUAAAAUUAAGCUUAGACAACAGUAAGCCAUCCAGCGCUAAAACCGAACCAGAACCAGUCAUUGGGACAGAAAGCCCUGCUCCUCCACAGCAAACAACGGCAUCACGCACCAAUCUACCUCCAGAGCCGGCUCGUGCAACGAAAGCUUUUACACACGAUAAGCAACAGAUAGAAAAGAUGAUGCAUUUUGUUUCCUCUUAUGAUAAGAAUUCUUCUGUACCAGCACAGCCAGUUAUGCCCCCGACUAACGCCGCAGUACAACCAAUUGAAUUACCUCAGCUAAGCACCGUGGCCAAGCAGCGAAAAGUGCCAUCUUCUCGCGUAGCACGACUCGCAUCAUUUGGUGGAUUAUUCGCCGGUCUUGGGUUGGGUACGGUAAAUGAACUCGCUAAAGGUGCUCUGGGCAUUGGAGGAACGCUAGACGUGAAGCAAGCCCUGUUCAGUCCUACCAAUGCCGAACGAAUCGUCGACACACUCUGCAAGGUCCGUGGCGCUGCCCUGAAGCUGGGGCAAAUCCUCAGCAUUCAAGAUUCGAACAUCGUUUCACCGCAGCUGGUGAAAGCGUUCGAGCGUGUCCGGCAAGCGGCCGAUUACAUGCCAGACUGGCAGGUGGAGAAGCAACUCGUUAGUGAGCUUGGACCGGACUGGCGUUCGAAGUUGCAAAGCUUCGACCAAAAACCGUUUGCCGCUGCCUCAAUCGGGCAGGUACAUCGUGGCGUUCUGAAGGACGAUGGGAUGGAAGUAGCGAUUAAGAUUCAGUAUCCCGGCGUAGCCAAAAGUAUCGAAAGUGAUAUCGACAAUUUGGUGUCGAUGCUGAAGGUAUGGGACGUGUUUCCGGCCGGUGUUUUCAUCGACAAUGUUGUAGCGGUGGCCAAGCGUGAGCUGGCCUGGGAGGUAGAUUACACACGCGAGGCCGAGUACACGACACGGUUUGGCGAAAUGAUACGACACAUGCCCGAAUAUCGUGUACCACGCGUGGUGAAGGAACUAACCUCCAAGAAUGUGCUCACAACCGAGCUGGUCCCGGGUGUACCGAUGGAUCGAUGCUUUGACAUGAGUCAAGAACAUCGGAAUCACAUCGCAUAUUGCGUGAUGAAGCUCUGCCUGAACGAGCUGUUCACCUUCCGAUGCAUGCAGACCGAUCCGAAUUGGUCCAACUUCCUUUACGACGCAUCAACGAAACAGGUUAUGCUGAUUGACUUUGGUGCGACACGCUUCUACCAGAAAGCAUUCAUGGACGAUUACUUAAAAGUUAUUAUUGCCGCCACAAAAAACGACCGCCAACAGAUACUGGAGCUAUCGCGCAAGAUGGGCUUCCUUACUGGCUAUGAAACGCCAGCAAUGGAAAAUGCACACAUCGACGCAGUGCUCAUACUGGGCGAAGUGUUUAGCGUACCGGGUGAGUUUGAAUUUGGGCGGCAGAGCACCACAAAGAAGAUAGCGGCACUAGUACCGGUAAUGAUCGCCCAUCGGCUUUGCCCACCACCGGAAGAAAUCUAUUCACUGCACAGGAAGCUUUCCGGGGUGUUUCUCUUGUGCGCUCGGUUAAAUGCGAAGAUCGAUUGUAAGCCUAUAUUUAACGAGGUGAUGAACAAUUAUAAGUUUGAGUAAAGGCAAGGAAUGCAGAGAACAAAAUAAAACAAUAUGAUAGAGUGAUUUGUGUUUAUAAGAAUCGUUUUUAUUUUAAUACAGGAACGCUUGAAUGACAUCA